AGUUCAUUGAAUUCACUAAAAAUUAGGUAGUUGGGUCGACUUCUCGCUCUUUGUACCCCUUCAAAGUCCUCCUUCUCUGCCACCCACAAAUUACCAGCUUUCAUCGGUGCUGAAGAGCUGGGGGAGACUGAACUGAUCUGUUCUGAGGACCAAGAUGCAUUUGGGGGAUGGUUACAGAAAUGAGCCAUGGGUUUCCCUGUGAUGAAGCAGACAGUUCAGGACACACAGUCCAAGGAUGGACGUUCCCCGCAGCACUGAGAGCGACAGGUUACUGCGGCAGGAGGCCAGCUGCCUGACGGGUGAAGCUUCGGCUGCAGCUCCAGAAAAAGACGCACACAGUCCAGCUGCUUCUGGUCUUCAAAAUCUUACUUAUCCUCUAGGUCCCAGGAAUGAUGACCUUCCACUUGACUCUGCCUCUCAGCCAGCAAAUCUUCCAUUCCCUCACAUGAUGUCACUUCCUGAAGAUGUCAAAGGCUCUUGCUUCCAGAGUGGGAAUAAACGGAAUCAUGAACCCUUCAUUGCUCCGGAGCGAUUUGGAAACAGCGCAGUGGGCUUUGGCUGUAACGUUCACCCUCAGGCGCCAGAGAAAGUGACACUUCUCGUAGAUGGCACACGCUUUGUGGUCAACCCACAAAUUUUCACUGCUCAUCCGGAUACCAUGUUGGGCAGGAUGUUUGGGCCAGGAAGAGAGUACAACUUCACGCGUCCCAACGAGAAGGGCGAGUAUGAGAUUGCAGAAGGAAUCAGUGCAACUGUGUUCCGAACGGUGCUGGAUUACUACAAAACUGGUAUCAUCAAUUGUCCUGAUGGCAUCUCUAUACCAGACCUUAGAGAUACGUGUGAUUAUCUCUGCAUUAACUUUGACUUCAACACUAUCCGAUGUCAAGAUCUGAGUGCUUUACUGCAUGAACUGUCUAACGAUGGUGCUCACAAGCAGUUUGAUCACUACCUCGAAGAGCUGAUCCUGCCCAUCAUGGUGGGCUGUGCCAAGAAAGGGGAGAGAGAAUGCCACAUUGUCGUGCUGACGGAUGAGGAUUCUGUGGACUGGGACGAAGACCACCCUCCACCCAUGGGAGAGGAAUAUUCUCAAAUUCUUUAUAGUUCUAAGCUCUACAGAUUUUUCAAAUACAUUGAGAAUCGGGAUGUUGCUAAAACAGUGUUAAAGGAACGGGGCCUGAAAAACAUUCGCAUUGGAAUUGAAGGUUAUCCUACCUGUAAAGAAAAAAUUAAGAGGAGACCUGGCGGCCGGUCGGAAGUAAUCUAUAAUUAUGUGCAGCGCCCCUUUAUCCAGAUGUCCUGGGAAAAAGAAGAAGGGAAGAGUCGCCAUGUGGAUUUCCAGUGUGUUAGAAGCAAGUCCCUCACAAAUCUAGUCGCUGCUGGAGAAGAUGUCUUGGAGGACCAAGAAAUAUUAAUGCACCAUCCACCCCAAGUGGAUGAACUUGACCGGCUGAACGCCCCACUUUCUCAGAUGGCUUCUAAUGACUUUCAGGAUUAGGGCCGGCUGUGGGUCUGUCCCUCUGCAGGCCUUGUCUCUGUGUGGGAUGCCCAGCCAGUCCUCCCCUGGUGUGUCUCACUGAGCAGGAGACAUGCUUCUCCCCCGUCCUUUCCUCUUCUCCCAUAGUUAAUCUUUGUCCUUUUCAGUAAGCCUGUGCCUCCAGCAGGGGAUGAAAAAGCACUCGCUGGUAAUUAAACUACCAGCUUUGCAGCAGCCCUGGAAACUUGAAGAUUUGGGGUCUGGUGCUGUUCACCAAGUCUGCAUAACUGCAGAAGCAGAAAAGAAGUCAGGACUCCUGUUGCCUCAUGUUCAGCAAAGCCAUUCUCAUCCUUCACACUCUGUUCUUGGUUGUUUAUUUUGUUUUAUACCAGGCAAAUUACUUAGCAGCAAAGGGACCAAACUUAAAAGGAGACAAUCUAUACCUUCUACAAGCAAACACUGAUGGGAUGCUCAUUAGAGGUUAGUGACGGUACCAUUCUGGUGGCAUCUGUGCCCCGGCUGCAUCUGGGAAGAAAUAGGCUCUUAUUCAAAAUGUCCAAAAGGAAAUUCUUAAGAGCUUCAAUUCAGUUUUGUUUUUCAUUAUUGCAGUGAACAAUCUAAAACCUCACGGAUUCUUUGACAGGAAGGAUAAUGCAUAACAGUGUUCAUGAAACCUUUUUAGCUGCAAGGUUUUUGAGCCUAAACAGAUUAUUAUUCAUUUGGAAUGAAAUUCACAACCCAAGUUGAAGAAGCUCUCCAGAUCAGGCCACUUUGAUUCUCCUGGCUUGGAAUCUGGUGUGAAGCUGUAGUCUUCACCCUAGGCUAACAUGUUGCCCUGGGUGUGUCUGGGAGACCUCAGAUAUGGCGUAACAGGCUUUUAAGAUGUGAGCAGUAAGUUUCCAAAAGUGCCGUUUCUCAGUAGAAAGACCAGUAAGAGCUCGGAAAGAAGGACUAGGGCUGGAUCUGAGUGGGGAAAUGUCACCUGGUUAGGCUCUGUCCCAGUGUAGGAUUUUUCAUUGUAUGUUCAUUUCAUACUAUGGAAUAUUUUAGGUAUCAGGGUAUUUUGAUUUUUUAAAUAGCUUGUCAGUUGCUUACACACUAGGUAAGAAAACUAUACUAAUGUCAACCCCAAAGGAAGAACGGGCAGAAGGGAAUCCAGCUUAGUGAACUCAUUGCUGUCGGCUCUGUGUUAACAGCACGUGGUCACUCCUGUCUGUACUGAUGUCCCCAUGGCUGUGAACAGCAGAGCUCGCUUCAGAGUUAACAGCCAGACGCAUCUUGAGGCUUUCUCCCAUUUUGUGGUAGGGGUUGGCCUUCCAGUCACCGAGCCUGAGCAUUUAAGAAGGGACACAGUUUCCUUCAAGUUCUUUAAGAACAGGCCUGGUUUUCUUAAAUUCCAUAUGAUACCGUGUCUCAUAUUUCCGUAAGAUACUGUAGGGAAGCUCCUCAGCGCCAUUUUAUGACUGCCCUAGCCACAGUCCUCCAAAGGGAAAGUCAGGAGUGUGCUGACAGCUGCUCCUCCCAGGCUUGAUGAACAAGAGCGUUCUUAAGGUGUGUGUUCCGUGCAUGUGACCAGGGGCAGUGUCCCAAGGCACAUGGAUGCUCUGCUCUUACUCAGAGAAGUUAGCAGCAAGGGGUUCAACUGAGCCAACCUACGAGUUGCUCUGAUGAACACUUGUAUGGCUGAUGGCCAGGGUUGCCAUUGAGGGUUAGUGCUGUGUUGUAGCCCAGAGGGUAGGUUUAAUUCUAUGAAAAGAACUGGCUCAUAUUUGAGGUCAGGUUUGGCUUUGACCUUACUGGUACUUCACCCAUGAGUAGCUGACCAGCCCAGAUUGUUUAAUGGUGCUUCCUUUACACUUUUCAGUUACUUCCAUGCCAUCACAAAGGAAACUGGAGUUAAACUUUUGUGUCGUCUGUAGUAUGUGUAAUUUCUGUUUUAUAGCUUAUAUAUUAACAUUUAGGGGUAAAUAUGUCUUAGCUAACACAGUUAGUCCUUGCUUAGGUACAAAGCUAGGUAUGAAAGUAUGGCUUGUACUCUGUUCUGUGUAAAUAAUUUAACUUCCUCAGGCUUUCAAAAACUAGGUCUUUUUUCCCCCCAGAAUUGGGUUGACAUGCUUUUGGACCCAGCGCUUGGGGUUUGAGCGAGCUGGAAAUGCAUGGUGUCGUCACCAGGCACUGGUGGCUGGGAGGCAAGCUGGGCCUGCAGGCUCCCUCUGGUGGAGAGGCGUAUCUUCGGCGGCCCCUCCCCUCUGGCCUGGAGUGAAGCAUCGCUCUAAUUUGGUGGCUCCUCUCAGCCACAGCUGCUGUCCCCAGGGCCAGGACAUUCCGCAGUGGUAGGACCUCACAGUUCUCACAGGGUCAAGAGCUGGGUUACAGUCACUCCCAUCAGGAGUCAGCUACUGGCCAGCUGGGCAAGAGGUGUUUCUCAUGAAAAAGGUAGCACUCAGGUUUGGUGUUUUUUUUCCUAAGUGCCUAAAUAAGAAAGCCAGGCUGUUUGUACAGAAACAUUUUCAUAAGAAAAUGGUUUUGCCCAGACUGUCUUAUUCAGAGGUAUCUGCGUCAGCAAGCAGAUAAACCUGAAUUGAGGUCUAGGAUCUGAAUCUGUGCACAUCAGGUCAUAGAUAGCUGAUGAGGAAGCAGUUGCCAUUAAGGAACUGGAUGCAGGCAUGGAGACAGUGUUAAAAUGUGUCUGAGACGACGUAAUGGUUUCUCCAAAGUGGAGAAAAGGUAUUAAAAGAAGGACAGAAGAAAGGGCAAGGACGCUAGAAAGCAGCUCGAUUUCUUGCACAAUAUGCAGUAGCCGGUGCUGUGUGAGCUGAAUUCUGUGUGGCAACCUAACGUGUGCAGGCCUGUGGAAACACUGUGGAAUAAGCCAGGAAGGGUGGAUAGUGUUCCAGCUGAUCCUCCUCAGAGGAAACACAGCCAGAGUGUGCUGGGAGCCUUUACUGAUAAUAGUCAAUAGAAGGUUAGGAGUCAGUCUUGGUGACUCACUCAGUGCCACUUCUUGCCAUCAUUUUGAAAUUGUUAAGCUGGGCAUAGUUCAGAAAGCAGACCUGAGGCCUUGGUGGGAGAUGGAGCUGCGUCCAUGCUCUGGCGGGAUACUGUCUGCAGAACAUGACUUUCCUCUUUAAGGCAAAAGGCUCGUAGGUUUUGCCUCUUCAUUUUGUAUUUACGUUUAAAGUUGCACUUGCUCAGCUCCCAGUGUUUACGAAGCCCUUACGUUUGGGAUGCUUUUCUAUAAUAAAAUGUUACCACU